GGGUUACGCAAGUAGCUAAUCGCGGUGUGAAACACAAUAGGCAUACAUUUGGUAAAUAACUUAUUAUUAAAUGAUGCGUACACUGUGAUCGUGGAAGAAGAAACUAUAACUGUACUCAAGGCCUACUUACAUAAUACCAACCAGAUCAGGUGCAUCUUGAUAUCAGUCAUUGAAAUGGAGGUGGUUUACAUCUUUUUGUUCUCUAGAAUCAACAUCCAGACUGUUAUUGCGGGUGUUACAACUUUACUAAUUCUUUUAUAUAUUUCAAGAAACCUGCGACGUAACCUGCCACCCGGACCAUGGGGCUUACCGGUAGUUGGAAUCCUUCCUUUCAUUGGACAACAACCACAAAGCUCUCUGAAAAAGUAUGCUCAUAAAUACGGACCUGUAUUUUCGGCGUACCUUGGAAACAUACUAGUAGUGUUUGUCAACGAUUAUAAAUCUAUGAAGCAAAUGUUUGUAAAAUCGGGAGACACGUUUAAUGAUCGUCCGAAACUUGUUAUAAUUGACAAAAUAAGUUGUGGCAAAGGUUUGAUAACUGGAUACCUACACCAAAACUUGAAAGAAAAAAGAAGGUUUACUGUGAAACUGCUGAGAAGCUUUGGAAUGGGUAAAUCCAGUUUUGAAAGCAGGAUUAUUACCGAAAUUGACUAUUUUAAGUCUAAACUAAUACAAGAGGCAACGUCCUCAGCAGGGUACGAUCCAAAGCAUAUAAUUGAAAAUGCCGUAUCCAACAUUACGUGCGGAAUCUUAUUUGGAAAGAGAUAUGAGUAUGACGAUCCUGAAUUUAAAAGAUUUCUAACCAUACUUUAUACAAAUCUGGAACAUAGUUCACAGGCUGGAGCUCUGACCUUUAUGCCGUUCAUGAGAUUUAUCCCAGGAAGCAAUUGGAAAAGGAUCCUAAAGAAUGUAGACAUUUUCUUGAACGAAUUCAUUAAAUUUGAAUUUGAAGAACAUGCAAACACUCUUGACGUCAGCAAGCCACGUGAUUUCAUUGACGAGUUUCUGAAAGCUCAAUUGGAACUACAGAGCGGUGAUGAAAAUGUUGAUGCGUUUGAUGACGAAUCAGCAACGCACAUUGUCGCAGAUCUCGUGCUCGCCGGAACAGAAACGACAGCAACAACCUUAAAAUGGGCAUUGCUGUACUUAGCUCUUAACCCAGAAAUACAGGCCAAGGUACACCAAGAAUUGGAUUCAGUAACUGGCAGGGGACAGCUUCCAACUUUGAAAGAUCAACCGAAGCUUGUGUACUGUGAGGCUGUAAUGAUGGAAGUCACACGCAUCCGACCUGCAGUUCCACUCGGAGUGGUGCAUGGUACUACAAAUGACACUAUAUAUGAGGGGUAUUUCAUACCGAAGGGUACAACAGUAGUUCCAAAUAUUUGGGCAGUGUUGCAUGAUGAAAUUACCUGGCCGGAAUCAGAAGAAUUUAGACCUGAAAGAUUCAUUGAUGACAAGGGUACACUGAUCAAAUACGAAGAAUUAAUUCCAUUCUCUAUCGGCCGCCGUUCCUGCCUCGGAGAGCAACUAGCCCGGAUGGAAAUGUAUCUGUUUUUUACUCAUCUACUGCAUCAUUUCCAGUUUACAUUACCAACGGACGAACUAAAGCCAUCCACUCAUCCGCACGUUGGAGCAACGUUGACUCCGAGGCCAUACGAAUUGAUAAUUACAAAAAGAACAUAGAUAUCAUAUAAUAAUGAUUUAGUAGACCCUAUAUCCUGGCAUUGCCAUACUAGGCCAUAAGGCCUAGAUAAUAAUUACUGUACACAAUAUUAUAUACAAAUGUUCAAAAGAACAAAGGAGUGUGAUAGGCCUUCCUUCCCUUCAAAGUACAGUAUGACAAACAUUUGAUCAGUCUUCUUGCUGACUUAAAGAGGCCCUUCUUUUAUAACAAUUUAAAAUAUACAGAUAUAAAAAUCCUAAAUACAAUAAAAUAAGAUAUAAGAAAAAUUUUAAAUAUUCUAUACUUAAAAUCAUUGAAAUUGCAAGAAUCAAAAUAAUGUUCCAUAAUAAAAAUAAUAGUCCAUCAUUGUAAGCAUAGCUAUAUCCGUUUCACUGUUGACGAAAUACUUUUUUUUUUUAAUUUCAUUUUUUUUAUUCAGAAAUCAGUACAAGUACAACAUUUUGGAAGCAACUUAAAAUAAAAUUAAUAAUGUGACAACAGGGAAGUAGAACAAAAACAUUGGAAAAUACCCAUUUUAAACAAAAAAAAAUGUUAUGGCCUAAAAUUCUGUGAAUAAUUUUAUAUUGCAGAUACCUUAAUCUACUGUCCUUUGUGCACGAGAAAGGGAUACUAUUUAUGAAUGACCAAUCUUUUUCAUCAUAGACCUUAUUUAAAUCUUUUUCCCAUUUUCUCUAUGCUAAAAGGAACAUUCUUUAAUUAUAAAUUCUCUUGCUUCCUUUCCUAUCUUUUAAAAUAAAGUUUAGAUUAAAGGGUAA